GUGACUGGACUUUGCACUGACAUGGCCUGUCCCCUCUGCGUUCGUUAUUUGCGUGCUGCCGUAAACAUACCCUGUGAUAAGUAGGGAAAGGCAGUGCCUGAUUCCCAGAGCCUGGCACAGGGUGGUGCUAUGCAAAGAAGAUGUUAAAAGGCUGGGGGGAGAGGACACGUCUGGUCUGGUUGUGAUUUUACAUCUACUUUGCACGGGCCUAAGUUAGACAGGGUGCCCAAUAGUAGAGAAUAAGGCAGUGUGUGUUACAAAUGUUAUCUAGCUGGUUAUUUGGUUUACUGGUCUCCCACAGGAAGAACAGAGCACUUUUUAAAAAAGGGAAAAUUACUAUUGGGAAAUGGCAGAAACAGUUUUCCAUGCCCCAAGAAGGAAAAGAAGAGUGUUUGAGUCAUAUGAUUCGCCAUUCCCUAUUCCUGCCUCCCAGGAAGACAUCUGUGGGAAGGAUUUCAAGAUAUACCAGGCUGAAGUUAUUAACAACAAUGUAAUUGUGAGGAACCCCGAAGACAUAGAACAGCUGUAUAGCAAGGGCUAUUUUGGAAAAGGUAUCCUUUCGAGAAGCAGACCAGAAUACAAUAUUUCAGACCCUUUAUUGGUUGCUAAGUGGCAAGAUGUCAAGAUAAACAUGCCCAUACUCUCAUCAAAAAAGUAUCAGUGUCAUCUAGAGUGGGCUAAAAGCCUAAUGCAAGAACAAGGACUUGAUGACUGCUCCGUUAACAAAAUUCUUGAAAAUUAUACUAAGCCAUUUGAUCUGCCUUUUAUGAAAGGGGAAGGAGAAGUUGCACAAAAUGAUGACUCUUACUGCAGAAUGGCUGCAGAAAUGGAAAAUGUAGAAGAUGGAAUGAAACUUUCAAGAGAUUCCGCCAUAAAUAAUGGCGAUUCAGCAGCAUCAAAUGUUAAAUGUCAUAACACGAGUGUAGACUGCAAGAAAGCUUGUUUGGAAGGUGAUUCAGCUUACGAUGAUCCAUCAGCCAACUAUGGCUCUGAGGAACUGUAUACAUUGAAUACUAAAGCUAUAGUUGAAGUACAUUGCCAAAAACAUGAUGAUUUUAUUGUGCACUGUGGCUGCAAGGCCAAAGACUAUAUUAACCAAGUAUUUCAUGACUUCGCCAAAGGGAAAGAAUAUGCUUAUGAGUAUGUAUUGGUACAGGAAGAAGAAAGCAAAUUGUGUCAUGAAGAUGAAGCAGCAAAUGAUGAAUCAAAUUUAAUCAAAAGGGAAAAAUUAGUAUGCAGAAGAAAUCCAUUUAGGAUUUUUGAAUAUUUGCAACUCAGUCUGGAGGAGGCAUUUUUCUUGGUCUAUGCUCUAGGAUGUUUGAGUAUUUAUUAUAAUGAGGAACCUUUAACUAUUUUGAAGCUAUGGGAAAUUUUUAGUGAAGUGCAACCUAAUUUUAGAACUACGUACAUGGCAUAUCACUACUUCCGAAGUAAGGGAUGGGUCCCCAAAGUAGGACUGAAGUAUGGAACCGAUCUCUUGCUAUAUCGAAAAGGUCCCCCCUUUUACCAUGCAAGUUACUCGGUCAUUGCUGAACUGGUUAAUGAUAACUUUGUAGGGUCACUGCGCAGACCGCUCAACUGGAUGUCUUUGUCUGGCUUGAACAGAACAACAAUGAAUGUUUCUAAGGAACUUAUGUUAUGCUACUUGAUUAGACCGUGUGAUAUGACUGAGAAAGAAAUGUCAUCUCCAGACUGUCUAAAAAGAAUUAAAGUUCAAGAACUGAUUGUAAAUCGUUGGGUCUCCUCCCGAGAGCGCAGUGAACAAGAUGAACUAUAAUAAGAUGGACCAAGAAAUCCAGUGUUAAAGGAGCAAAUAUUAUAAGCAAAUUAGGUUGAGAAAAAUCUAAUCUUUACAUGGCUGAGUUGAGCCAUAUUCCUGUUUAAAAUAUUCUGAAUGCAUGUCUGAAUGCUGUUUAAAAUUGUACUGAACAUGGAGUAUGGUGUGUACUGUCAGAGAAGGUUGUACCGAAAAAACAAAAUGGAUAACUGUAUUUGUCCAUGUGAAAAAAAUUAAAGUAAUCUCUUCCCAAUCCAG